AUGUCUCUGGCAAAUUAUAAUGACGAUCAAUCUCCCUCCACAUACCCUCCCCUCGCUCUCGCGCACUCUCUUUCUGUCUGUAGGAACUUUGUGGAGGAGAAGUUGGGGGUGAAGUAUACAGAGGGGAGGAAGACAGAGUUUGCUAAGUCCUUCAGAGAGAGUGGACCUGCCUCGCCUGUAUUCUUCAUCCUGUCUCCUGGAGUAGACCCUCUCAAAGACGUGGAGUCACUGGGCAGGAAGUUGGGGUUCACCAUAGACCUGGGGAAACUCCACAAUGUGUCUUUGGGUCAGGGUCAGGAGGCUGUGGCUGAGGUCGCCAUGGAGAUGGCUGCUAAGGAGGGACACUGGGUCAUUUUACAGAAUAUCCACCUGGUGGCUCGCUGGCUGGGGUCGUUGGAGAAGCUUCUGGAACGCUGCUGUGAGGGCAGUCACCAGGACUACAGAGUGUUUAUGAGUGCUGAGCCUGCCCCCACACCACAGGAGCACAUCAUCCCUCAGGGCAUCCUGGAGAAUGCCAUCAAGAUCACCAACGAGCCUCCCACUGGCAUGCAUGCCAACCUUCAUGCUGCUCUGGACAACUUCGACCAGGUACAGGAAUGUGUGUAUUAAUGUCUGUCUGUCCACUGGUGUUAGGGAUGGGCAAUUGAAAUUAUUGUUCAAAAUAAUCUCAUCAAAUGUUUGAUUCACACUUUAUAAUAAUGUCCAGUAAUAGAUCAUUUAUAAGGCUAUUAUAAACAGUUCUCACUAUUUACUAAUUGCUGUUUCUACAUUUGCAAAUGUUAGUAAGCUAUACAUAGUUAUUUAUAAACUUUCAAAUGAAUUAUUGGAUAAUUUAUUAGAUGUUUAAUAUAGACCCUUAUAAAACAUUUACUAAUCAUUAGUAAAGUACAGUGGUGUAAAGUAACUAAGUAAAAAUACUUUGAAGUACUACUUUGAGGUAUCUGUACUUUACUUGAG